AUGAAGGUCCUCGUCGGCACGGUGCUCGCCAGCGAAACCCUCAAUUCCGUCGACAUCAUAUCCUUGUACCAACCGCUCGUCUUGCAGUUUGGUGACUAUGUGUUGGUGACCCAUUGGUGUGCGUCCAACUUCUCUCCUUCAAUCUGGACGUCACGCGAACCCUCCCCUACAGAGUUCCACAUCGACCCUGCGAUGUUGUCCUUCGUCGCCUUCGUUUGGAUCGUCGGGUUCACCUACAUCUACGCGUUCAUAUCAUUCUUGGGUGACGUUGGGAUGUCGAUUGCUGUCACCAAAUCCAGACCAUCCCCGACUCCCAAGUUCAAGGCGAUCACCCACAGGAAGACCGGGAUGGAUUUCACCGACACGCUCAUCAACAAGAUCACUCGCGUGACGAUCGAAACCGGUCUGCUCACCUCCAUGUGGCCGUCGAUGGAUCUGAUUGUCUACCUCGUCGUCCCGACCUCGCUGCACCUCCUCUUCACGGCCGUCGGCGACACGGAAAGCGGCACGGGCGACGAGUCCAACUCGCGCUCCGACAGGCGUGGCAUGCACCAGCCCAGGCGCGUGAACAUGCCCCGCUGCCCGCACGACCUUCACGCGCCUGGCGCUUUCACUCAACACGCUCCCGACCAAGGUCGACACACGGCGUGUCGGGCCCAGCGAUACAAAGGUGCGAUGAAGAUCAGCCCACGAAACGUUUAA